AUGGGGAGCUAUGGAGAUGAUGGUGGCGUGGAGCUGACCGAGCUGACGCUGGCGCCGCCCGGCGACAGGGCGCGGAGGGCGCGGAGGGCGAGGAAGAGCGGCGGCGAGCCGGCGUUCGUGAAGGUGAGCAUGGACGGCACGCCGUACCUGCGCAAGGUGGACGUGGCGUCGUACGGGGACUACCUCGAGCUUCUCCAGGAGCUCAACGCCAUGUUCUUCUGCUGCUCCAUUGGGCUGAUGGACGGGUACGGGGUAUGGGAGCACGCCGUGGUGUACGAGGACGGCGACGGCGACUGGAUGCUCGUCGGCGACGUACCAUGGGAGAUGUUCGUGUGCUCGUGCAAGAGGAUGAGGGUGAUGCGAGCGUGCGAGGCCAGAGGGCUGAGCUCCAACCUACUUUCAGUACAUGUAGAUAUGAUCUGGGACAGACUUUGCAUGUCGCUUGAGCGGGUGACAGCCCUGCUGAAGGAGGAAGAUGACGACGUUCUGACCGAUGCCAUGCAAAUACGAUCGCGUACGGUUUGA